CGCCUCGUCCUCUCGCGGCGGUCUCGCCGAGUCGCCAUCGCCGAUCCCCACCCCCGACUCGCGGGGGGGGGAGAAAGGGACGGGGAAGCGAGCUCGAAUCCCCAGAUUCCGCCCGGUCAUUUGUAUGCGCGGCACUGGGACACACAUGCUUAUCGGAAACCAACAACAGAGGGCCACGGCGACCGCUGCGGGAACCGCACAUCCCCGAGCCCGCUGAGGCCCCCAAUCCCCACCGCGCGUCGUCUGCCGGCGAGGCCCUGAAUCGGCGCGCGUUUCCUGUGCUUGGUUCUUUUUCGUUUUGAUUGGGAGCUCCGGGCUCGGAGGACGCGGGCGGGCGCAAUGGUGGAGGUGGGGAGCCGGGUGCGGGGGUUCCUGCGGAACCGGUGGCUGGUCUUCGUGGCGGCGAUGUGGAUGCAGUCCUGCGCCGGGGUGGGGUACCUCUUCGGCAGCCUCUCGCCGGUGAUCAAGAGCUCGCUGGGCUACAACCAGCGCCAGGUCGCCGGGCUCGGCGUCGCCAAGGACCUCGGCGACAGCGUCGGCUUCCUCGCUGGCACGCUCUGCGCCGUGCUCCCGCUCUGGGCCGCGCUCCUCGUCGGCGCCGCGCAGAACCUCGUCGGCUACGGCUGGGUCUGGCUCGCCGUCACGCGCCGGGCACCCACGCCCCCGCUCUGGGCGAUGUGCAUUCUAAUCUUCAUUGGUAACAAUGGUGAGACAUACUUCAACACUGCUGCACUCGUCUCAUGUGUUCAGAACUUCCCCAAGAACCGUGGACCAAUUGUUGGUAUCCUCAAGGGAUUCGCUGGAUUAAGUGGUGCAAUUCUUACACAGAUUUAUGCAAUGAUAAACUCGCCUGAUGAUGCUGCACUGAUCUUCAUGGUUGCCGUUGGCCCAACAAUGGUAGUUAUAGGUUUAGUGUUCAUUGUAAGACCAGUUGGAGGCCACAGACAAGUGCGUCCUUCUGAUGGCACAAGUUUCACAUUUGUAUACAGCAUCUGCUUGCUCUUGGCCGCUUAUCUGAUGGGCGUCAUGCUACUGGAAGACCUUGUCGACUUAAGCCAGUCAAUGACUGUCUUGUUGACCAUCAUUCUAAUCAUGUUUUUAUUAGUUCCAAUAGUCAUCCCAGUGCUACUCAGCUUCUUUUCAGAUGACGAUGAGACUUUGUAUGCACUAUUAUUGCCAUCACCUCGGAAAGAAGAAGCAAGUGCAUCAACAUCUUCUGAGGAGCAAGAGGAGGUUAUACUCAGUGAGGUGGAGGAUGAAAAGCCAAAGGACGUUGAUCUUCUUCCAGCCUCAGAGAGGCAAAAAAGGAUUGCGGAGUUGCAGGCAAGGCUAGUUCAGGCAGCUGCUGUUGGUGCUGUGAGGGUUAAGAGGAGGAGAGGUCCACGACGAGGUGAAGAUUUUACACUGAUGCAAGCGCUCAUCAAGGCAGAUUUUUGGCUUCUAUUUUUCUCCCUACUGUUGGGCUCUGGGUCCGGUCUCACUGUGAUUGAUAAUCUUGGGCAAAUGAGCCAGUCAUUGGGUUAUGAGGAAACCCACAUUUUUGUGUCGAUGAUUAGCAUUUGGAACUUCCUUGGGCGCAUUGGUGGUGGUUACUUCUCAGAGAUUAUUGUCAAAGAUUAUGCAUAUCCAAGGGCAAUUGCAUUAGCUAUAGCUCAAGUUUUGAUGGCAAUUGGGCACUUCAACUUUGCAAUGGCUUGGCCUGGGACAAUGUACAUUGGCACACUGCUCGUCGGAAUUGGCUAUGGCGCUCACUGGGCCAUUGUGCCAGCUGCUGCCUCUGAACUGUUUGGGGUGAAAAAUUUUGGAGCACUGUACAAUUUCCUCACAGUUGCAAAUCCAGCAGGUUCUCUGGUAUUCUCAGGGAUUAUUGCCAGUGGCAUCUAUGACGCGGAAGCUGCAAAGCAGGCUCAGCAGCGCCACAACUCCACAUUGUUGACAAUGCCUGCAAGAGUGGUUACCAUGAUAUCUGAAGCUGCUCCAGCACUGAAGUGCGAGGGUGCCAUCUGUUUCUUCCUCUCGUCCCUGAUCAUGUCCGGGUUCUGCAUCAUUGCUGUUGUCUUGAGCUUGAUCCUGGUUUAUAGGACGAAAAUUGUGUACACGAAUCUAUACGGGAAACCACGCACUUGAAAGAUCAGUUCCCAAGGGCCGGAGGGCAUGAUAUAGUUUCAGAGUUAUGAAGACAUACUUCAGUUUUAAAUUUAGUCUGUGGUAUCCCGCCGUUCCUGUACAGGCGGUGGUGGACUGUUGGCCUUCAACUUGUUCUGCACCAUGUUCCUUUGGAGAGCAGGAUGGGAAUUUUGCGUUCUUUACGAAGUGCUGUUGAUGAGCAACUCGAGUCACAGAAUAAGCUCCCAGCAGGUGGGAUCAUGGGAGGUAUUGGGUACGACAUCGUUAAGUAUAUGAAAAUAAAGUAAAUGGUAGAAUUGUGUCUUUUGCAGUUUUGCUCAAAUUUUGUUGUGUUUAGUUGGAAACAAAAAAUUGUAUCACACUGUAAUAAGCCGGAGAUCUUUCUAGUUUCUACAUAUCCUCACAGGUGAAAACAUUUCUUUCUGAUUAGUUGAAAACUCGAAAUGUAAUAUAAUACACAGGUCUAGAAUCAGGAAAAUUGUAUGAAUGACUGGUGUAACUUGGUUUCUCUGAGCUAUUUGAUUUUUUUCUGCGAGGUCUGAGCUA